CUGCUCAUUGGCUCUUCGCUCAGCCAAUCAGCGCUCGCUCCGCCGCACUGCGUACUGCCCGGUGUGACCGUAAGCUGUAAUUGAUCAGAGCUCCGCCGCUGCGAGAGGACGCCGCGAGUGUCCUGCGCGUUCGCCUGACAAAAUGACUCUGCAGAAGGAGUUUGCGCAAUAUGCAGAUGAUGUAAAGAAAGUGAAGACCAGGCCGACUGACCAGGAGCUGCUGGACCUGUACGGCCUCUAUAAGCAGGCUGUUGUUGGGGACAUUAACAUUGAUAAACCUGGAAUGACUGACUUGAAGGGAAAAGCCAAGUGGGAUGCAUGGAAUUCCAGGAAAGGCAUGUCCAAAGACGAUGCCAUGACUGCCUACAUCGCCUUGGCAAAGGAAAGCAUCAAUAAAUAUGGAAUGUGAUCAUCACAGCAGCUUAUACUUUUAGAUUAAAUUUGCUUACAAACUAAAUAAUCAGUCAGAUUUGCACCUGAAUGCACAAAUUAAUGGACAUUGUUUUAAUAUUUUGUCUAAUUUAGAUAAAGAGACUUUUAUAUUUAGUUUUACUAUUGAUAUUGUCACCUGAUUUAUCUGGAUAUUUAACAGUUAGGCAAAGUCUAAAGAUGUAAAAGUAGUUUUUUUUUUUGUAUAGCUUAUAAAAAUAAUGAGUACAUAAAAAUGGAUGUGAUGUGUUCUUUUCCAUUACAUGACAUCUGCUUUCUGGAAGAGGAGCAGAGCAGUUAAAGCUGAAAUAAGCGUCAUCCUUAAAAGGAGACUUGCUUUAGGUCUGUGACAUGAAGAGCCCUUAAUCAAUAUUCAACUCUCCUCUCAAGUCUGAGUAGCGGCAUCGGUAGGCGAUGUGCGCACACGCAAAUACACACACACACACACACACACACACA